AUGUUGCCAACAAUUUUUUUGUUCGCCUACAUUUUUUCGCUCACAAUUUUUGUGGAUACAAAACGAACGCAAGGGAUAUUGAGCUCAAAAAAAGUUAGUUUUGACUGGAAUCCUUUUUGCAGCAAGUUGUCCUUUUGCUAAAUAAUUUCCGACAGGAAGUCGGAAAUGAGCUGAGAAUGAAUAAGCAAGUGCAAUUAUGUUGAUGUAUAAAUUUGCUGCUCGAGCCCGUUUUUCACACGGGGAUUUUUCACAACGGGACUUUUUUCAGGAUUUUGUGUACCUUGAUCGAUUUUGCUUUCAAUCGGAGACAGGAACUCUGGAGUAUUCUUUCAAAUAUCCAUUGGUAGGUUUGAAGGAAAGAAACAUGUGAUAGCAUUUUGAAAUUUUAGAAUUCGACAAUUUUGUACUGAGAAUGUAAACUGUUAUAAAAAUAGGGAACGCAGAGAUGUUCACAUUUUUCAAAUGAAUAAAAUUUUUCCUGAAACUGAAAAAAAAUCUUCUUGGUUAACUGAUUUCAAACGUUAAAUUUUUCUUGAAAAACUAUACAGACUUUGCUAAUUAAAUAAUUAUAAUAUUUCACUUCAUUGCUCAUAUUAACAUAAGAUCUUCAAUUCUAAAACCAUGACGUAAUAAAUCUCAUGAAAACUUUUGAUUUCUGCAAACAUCAAAUAAUCAAGUGUGUUACCGUAGUUAGUGUUCCAGGUGUAUUGAAAUGAAAAAAAAACUUUCAGUUUUACCCAACACAAAUGCUAUUGCUUUAUUACGAUACAGAAGAUCAAUGGCCAAAAGCUUACAAACAACUCACCGUAUGUUAUUUUCUUAUUAUAUUAUUCUCUCACUUUAUUAUUUUUUCCGUUAUUUUCAGACAUGUAAAGACCGUGUUCAGCUUCUAACGAAUCGCUCGGAGAAUAAUCAAAUUGUAAGAGAACUUUUUUUUCUUUUUCCAUUACUAACCUUUUUUAAAUAAAUUUUAUAGAUCAAAUUGAGCCCAUUCCAAACGGAUUUUGCUGGAAAUGGUAGAUGCAAAAUAUAUCAAGAUAAUCUGGAUGCAGAUUGGGUGCUUUGUAUGGGAACAAGAAUUUUUAAGUGCGAUUCUAACAUUGAAUUUCGAAAAAUAAAUGAUAUUUUAGGUCGGCUAGAAGUCGUUGGUGGUUUUUAGCAGUGGCAAAUUGUGAUCCAGAAGAGGAAGAAGAAAAAUUGACAAUGUCGAACGAAAGUUUUGGAGUGUAUGCUGAAUUCAGUUUGCAAAUGACAAAUGGAUUGGUGACAGAAAUUUUCAAGCAUCAAUUUUCGAUUGAUGAAUGGCGUAAGUUUCAGAUUGUAUUCUAUUUUUUGUAGGAUAUUCUUGAUUUUAAUUAUUAUGUUAUACUCAAAAAACCAUGUAGCAUAUAAUUUUUCUAACAUUUUGUGAGUAACAAUAAUUUUUAUUUGAAAAUGCAUACGGUAUGUGGGAAAAAUUUUGGAAAUGGGGACAAUAAAAAAAUAAAUAUAAAAAAACAGCUCCAAACUACGCCCCAUCUUCAACCUAAAAUUUUCUUGUUUUUCAGUAAUUCUUCCAUCAGAUGGCACUUUUUUAUUUCUCAAUGUGAUUUUAGUGGUGGCCACUUAUAUCAUAGGAAGUGAGUUAUAUUUUUGAACCUCAGAUCUCUAACUUCAAUAAAAAUUUUGCAGUAAAACUCUCAUCUCGUCGUCUCUACCACUCGACCUAUAGAAUGUGUGCGCAGUCAAUAACAAUGAACACAGCGGGUUUAGGAUUUUUGGUGACUAAUUAUAUAUUUUAUGCAAUGGAUGGUGUUGGAUUACCGGUUGUAAAAGCGGCAGGUCUAAUUAUCCGAGCACUCGCCGAUAUGAUUUUUGUUUAUGUGUGUUUGGCAAUUGCAAGAGGGUUGAAUGUCUCGAAAAUGAGACUUGGGUUGAUGGAUCGGGUGUUUCUAUUUCUCAUGAUUCUCUUUUUUGUCUCUUCAUACUUAUUGAUGGAGUUUUGGGAGAUUAAGGUGAAUUUCAGAAGAAGAAACAACGACUGAAAAUAAAUGAGUUGUUUCAGUACUUUGAUCCAGCGCUGGUUUAUGCACAAUCUGAAUCACUUCCGGGUUAUCUUUUGGCACUUUGGAGACUUGUUGCAUGGUUAUUCUUCUUAAUCUCUGCGUUAUUAUCAAGAAAAGCUCAUGAAGCCAAAAAAGCGUUUUUCACUUAUCUGGUUAUUCUCAUGACACCGUGGUUUGUUUGAAAAAAUAAUUGAUAAGGGAUCUUCGGAACUAACAUUGAGAACUUACAAAUAUUCAAGAACAAUUCGUUUUCAAAAAUAUUUUUCAAAGUCUUGUGGACAAAAUCCUUGUUUUUUUUCAUUCGAGACGUAUUUUAUGUGUAAUUUCGUAACUUUUCAACACAAAAACAGAGAUCUGAAAAUAUACUUUUGAGCUAUGCCAAUAUGUUCCCAAAAAUUCUAAUAUCUCGAUGAUCAAAAAUAAAUUUCAGGUUCUGGGCGCCUCCAAUUUUCGUUCUAGUUGCCAAUUUUGCGUUGAACAACUGGGUUCGAGCUGAAGUUGUGAAUAUUGUUGAAAAUGUUGUAUCAUUUUAUGGUUACUGUGUUUUUCUAGUAAGUUAUUAUUUUCUUCACGCCAUCAUAUGAAAAGCAAAAAUAUUCUAGUACUUGUCACGACCAACGCAAGGCAAUACAAAUUUCCCGUUCCAUAUUCGAACUACACAAAUUGAUGUGGAUGUUGGUUUUGAUCCGCACACUGCUUAUGUAAGAUUUCAUUUCUUUAUUUAAGAAAGAUGAUUUUGAAAAAUAAUUACAGGGAGUUACAACAACUUCAAACAUCAAUGAUGGUUUACAUGGAAUCCCUAUGGAACUGACCUCAGAAGCUGUUUUAUCAAGACUUGCGAAUCGAUUCGAUGACGAAGAUAAGGGAAUUCCGGAAAGACCACAGAUUUCAUAA